AUGACCGCUGCGAUUCGACCGCCGCAUCUGAAGGCGGCCGUCGAGCGACAGUUAACGCGCGAGACGAACAAGGCGUUCAAGUCCGACGUGCGAGCGUUCUGUACGUGGCUUGUGACGUUGUUGGAUACUUUCAUGCUGUUCGAGUCGCAACUCAUCUCGGUGAAGGAGAAAGCGGAGUCAAAUCCGCCUCGCCAGUAA